CUUGAGUUUGCGGGGGGCUGUUAGAAUUUACCAUCCACUACACUACACCUCUUCACACCUACCAUCUCCACUAGCACCCACUUCACCUACCACCUCCACUACACUACACCUACUACCACCUUCUUUUCUAUUUAUAGAAGUUGUAAUUUGUAAUCAAACACAUAUCAAUCAAUAACAAUCAAUAUUACAUAAAUUUCAACAUCCAUCCAAUUGUAUUAUCCUCCCUCUUAUUAAUCCCCGUUGCACCCAUUAAGAGGUUGUUUAGCGCAGCGACCUGUUCUUCCUCCCAAGCCAUCAAUGGCCUUCUAAACUCCACAAAUCAUAUCUAUCACUCGCAGGGACCACAAAGGCUGCAACUCAUCACUCCAAAACUGCAACCUAUUUCCUCUGCCAAGGCUGAAUUUGAUAUUAUCCAAGAAAAAAGCAAAGCUUCAGGCCAUCUAACACAUACCAAUGAGAUGUCUAACCAGUCUCUGGAAGCGUUGCGAGAUUGGACUGCUAGGAAUGGCAAGUGCAUUGGAUACACUAUGUGGCCAAUCCUACGGAGCAGAGCAAUACCAUAUGCUUGGAAUCCAUAUGCAAAGAGCUAUGCUUAUUCUUUCACUAGUAAGCAUACCUCUUGCAAUCAUUUGGGCAAACACACGCGCCAUUCUUGUCGCCUUUGGUCAAGAUCAUGACAUAUCUGAAGAAGCUCAAAUCUAUGCACGAUUCAUGAUCCCAAGCAUAUUUGCGUAUGCGCUUCUUCAAUGUCUUGUCAAGUUUUUGCAAACUCAAAACAUUGUCUUCCCAAUGAUGAUAAGCUCGGGGAUUACUACUUUAAUCCAUCUACUUGUAUGUUGGGCAUUGGUUUUUAAGACUGAUCUAGGUCUUCGUGGAGCGGCCUUGGCCAAUUCCAUCUCUUACUGGACAAAUGUAGUGUUGUUAGCUCUUUAUGUCAAGUUCUCUUCUUCUUGUGCAAAAACUUGGACUGGCUUGUCAAAAGAGGCCUUGCACGAUAUUCUCAAUUUUCUCGGACUUGCAAUUCCUUCGGCUGUCAUGGUUUGCUUGGAAAUGUGGUCGUUUGAAAUGAUUGUUCUAGCAUCUGGUCUUCUUCCUGAUCCUGAGCUACAAACCUCGGUGCUUUCUAUCUGCCUUAAUACAACUACAACAGUUUGGAUGAUCACCGAUUUUUUUUUUUCCAAUUCACUCAGCACGCGGGUCUCAAAUGAAUUGGGGGCAGGGCGCCCAUACGCUGCUCGUUUGGCAGUGUGUGUCGUGUUAGUAAUGGCAGUUACAGAGGCUGUUAUAGUUGGAGCAGUCAUGAUAUCGAUCCGAAACAUCUGGGGCUAUGCUUACAGCGAUGUAGUAGAAGUGGUCAGAAUCCUAGCAGCUUCCAAUUUCUUGGAUGCACUUCAGGGUGUUCUUUCAGGCACAGUAAGAGGAUGUGGAAGGCAAAAGGUUGGUGCAUUUGUGAAUUUGGGAUCAUAUUACAUUGUGGGCAUUCCUUCUGCUAUAGUAUUUGCUUUUGUUCUACACAUUGGCGGAAAGGGCCUCUGGUUUGGGAUGAUAUGUGGACUCAUUGCGCAAGUUCUAUCACUUUCUACCAUUACACUACGAACUAAUUGGGAGCAACAAGCAAAGAAGGCAACGGAACGCGUAUAUGACUCUACAAUCCCGGUGGAUACAGUGUCAUGAAACAGAAACUGAAAGCAGUGUAACAAAGAAGCUUCCGAGCUGAUUAAGGAGCGAAUAAAUGUGUAUUAUCAAUGGUAGCCAAUUUUGGACUUGUUAGUGAAUCAGAUCAACCUAAACAUAGUUGUGUUUUCCAGUAUUUACUGAUAUAAUAAUUGGCUCUGUACAUUGUUUUCGA